UGUCCACUGCCUUCACCACUACUGGACCUUGCCAGGAGCCAAUGGGUCUGGAGAAUGGCCUGAUCUCUACCAACAUGAUCAGCGUGUCCAGCCAGCUGCUCCCGACAUCCGGCGCCGACAGCGGCCGUCUCAACACCCCCGAGUCCCCGACCAGUGCCGGUGGCUGGGUGCCUGCCGUCAACGACCAGAGUCAGUGGAUCGAGAUCAACUUGGGCCAGCCUACCCAGAUCACCGGUCUGAUCACCCAGGGUAGGGACAGCGUGACUGCUGACCAGUGGGUCACCUCCUACAAGAUCAUGUACAGUGUCAACGGCCAGACCUGGCAGUACUACAACAGCCCUGCUGGAACACCACAGGUCUUCCCAGCCAACUCUGAUGAGAACACACCCAACCGUCAGCUGUUUGACCUGAACAACCCGAUCUACGCUGAGUACAUCCGUAUCCAGCCCAUCACCUGGCACGAGUGGCCCUCCAUGAGGGUCGAGAUCCUGGGAUGUGCUGAACCAACAACCACCACCAUUGCCAGCACCACCACAACAGCUGGCACUACCCAGACAUCUGUGUUCACCGACAAGCCAGUGACCACCACCAUCGCCACUGCCCCAACUGCUGGUACCACCCAGACCUCCAUUGUCACAGACAAGCCAGUGACCACCACCAUCGCUACUGCCCCAACUGCUGGUACCACCCAGACCUCCAUCAUCACUGACAAGCCAGUGACAACUGCCACCACAACUGCUGGUGUUACCCAGACAGCUAUCAUCACUGACACCACCACCCUUGGCACAGCCACCACAACUGCUGGCAUCAUCACUGACAAGCCAGUGACCACUGCCACCACAACUGCUGGUGUUACCCAGACAGCUAUCAUCACUGACACCACUACUCUUGGCACACCACAGUCUACUGCUACCGUGGUCAGCACACUGCCAUAUGAGGACUGUAUUGUUUGGGCUCCAUAUGUGAACACCAACUACCCAACCCCUGUGGAGGGUGGAGACUUCGAGACCAUUUCUGCUGUAUCUGCUGCAUCCACCUGCAAGAACCCAGUGGACAUCAGGUGCCAGGUUGCAGGAUUCGGCAUGCCAUACCAGGAUGUUGUCAACAUGGGCAUGCAGAACAACAUCAACUGCAACCUGUGGACAGGUCUGACCUGUCAGGACAGCGAGCAACCGAGCGGCUCCUGCUACGACUACGAGGUUUCCCUGGGAUGCUGGGACAUGACAGAGCCACUCUGUGUGCCUCCGACCACGGCUAGCACCACCCAGAUGACCACCCUGGCCCAGACCACCACCACCACAGCAGCGGUCACCACCACAGCUGCCAACAUGGAGCCAUGCCCAGACAUGCCUCUGUCUACCGCCUGGGGCUGUGGCGAUGCCGGCUGUGAGCAGGGCUACUACUGCUACGAGGGUAGCUGUGUCAAGGCUCUGGACUGCCCAUGUGUGCUGCCUGACGGAUCCAUCCAUAGGCCCAUGCAGUUCUGGAACGAUGACGCUACCUGCCAGACCUGCACAUGCCUGGGUGGAGGUGCCUCCGGUGUCACCUGUAUGACCCAGACCUGCCCCAUCCUGUCCUCUGCUGACUGCCCACAGGGUAUGUACUACCAGAAGCCAGCUGGCCAGUGCUGCGGCGAGUGUGUGAACGACAUCUGCCACGAGGAUGAGUUCCACUGCUACCAGGGCACCGCUGGAGAGUGUAUCCCUCUCAUCUGGAUGUGCGAUGGCGUGCCACACUGUACCAACGGAGAGGAUGAGGACAAGUGCGAGACCACUCCACUGCCUACCACUACCCUGGCAACUCUGCCAACCGGAACAGCAACCAGCACCAUCAUUGGCACUCUGCCUACCAUCACUGCACCAACCACUGCAGUCGUCACCCAGACCAACGUCGUUACAACAAAGCCUACCUCCUUCACCACCCUCAUCGCUGGUGAGACCACCACACUGCCAAUGUUCACGGCAACUGCUACUCAGUCCACCCUGCCUACCGUCACAAUGACCACCGGCAAGCCAACAACUACAACAAUUGCCACUAAGCCAACUACCGUGGCCACAACCACCAAGCCAGCGGACGUGGGUCUGACCACCGCGGGCGUUCCCGUCCAGCACGACCAGUGCGUGAUGUACGAGGACACGACCUUCCAGACCUUCGACAACACCCUGUACGAGUACCCGAUCUGCAGCCACGUGCUGGCCAAGGACUGUACCGGCGGACUGUUCGAGGUUAUGGCUGUUCUGGACUGCACUGGUGUUGACAACCGCCUGCUGUGCCGCCGCGGUAUCGAGGUACAGAUCGGUGCUCACACCUUCUUCUUCGAGCGCAUGAACUACUUCAAGUACAACGACAGGUUCGUGAGCUGGACCAACAUCGAUGCCUUCAACCAGGCUCUUGCUGCCGACGGCAUCCACAUCCAGAAGUACGGUGGAGAGAUCAUCGUCACCACCAACAUCGGAGUCACCAUUAGGUGGACUGAGCGCUAUGAGGCCAAGAUCGACGUGACACCAGAGCUGCACAACCAGCUGUGCGGUCUGUGCGGACCCAACAACCACGACCCCACCGAUGACUUCAUGAUGCAGUCCGGCACCCUGACCGGUGACGUCACGGCCUUCGGAGACAGCUGGUCCACCGGAGACAACACCUGUCCCGAGGCCGUGGAGCUGCAGAGCUGCCCUGUCGACAUGAUGCUGGAGGCCCAGGCCAAGUGUGACAUCCUCAGGAGUGACAUCUUCUCUGCCUGCCACCCGUACAUUGAUGUGGAGAUCUUCCACAGACUGUGUAUGUCUGACGUGUGCCAGUGUCUGCAGUCCGACCUUGCUGCUCAGGCCGCCGGUGUGGCUGACUGUGAGUGCGACGCCCUGUCUGCCUACAGCCGCGCCUGCGCCCAGCACGACAUGAACGUGGUUCUGGACUGGAGGACGCCACUGCGCUGUCCUGCUGAGUGCCCACCAGGCAUGGUGUAC